AUGGGUUGGAGUGAUAUGCUUGAAGAGCUUCUUGAUUUGAUACCGCCGAAUCUAAUUACGAAAGACAAACAAAGCUUUGGCCUGGUAUGUCGAUCUUGGAACGCAAUUGUUGCAUCUUCUUAUCGCCAGGCACCCUGUUUAAUGAUCAACCAGAGGAGCAAGCACACUUGGAAAGUCUACCAACACCAAAAAUUCUUCUACAAGGACUACCCCGAACUGGACAACAAUGCAGUGAUACAUUGCUCCAAGCACGGGUGGUGGCUAAUGUCCGACGAUUAUGAAGAUCUCUUCUUCUUCAAUCCUUCCGACAAUCGCACGAUUGAAAUUCCCAGUCCAAUCGGUGUAUCCUACUCAACAAUAACCUUUUUCCACCCGCCAACUUCCGCAGACUGUUUCGUUGUCGGAAUUCACAGUGGCCUUUAUUAUGUGGUAAUAGGGUCUCUUAAACAUGGAGAAGACGAGUGGAAGACUUAUGAGCAAAGAACCAAACGGAACAUUGCUACCUUUGAUAUCACGAAUCCUACCUUUGAUAUCACAAACCCUAGUUUGAAAAUCUUCACGAGAUGCAUCAAGACACGUCGGCUUCGAUUUCAUAUUACAGAGCACUUCUUGGUCAAACCAAAGGGCGAGGACGUAAUUUUUGCCGUAUUUGGUACGCAUGACGAAAGAGAGGUCAGAGUGUACAGGCUCGUGGAGAAGCCGGAGGGCUUUUUGUGGGAACCGGUAGAAGAUUUAGGGGAUAUGGUAUUUUUUGUGAGCAAUACGUCGUGUUUCGCGUUUAGCGGGAAUGCAGAAAACAUGGCAAACAAAAUCUACUUCCCUAGAUUCCAUGGUGAUGAUCUUGUCUUCUACUCUUUGAAAACACGAAAGUUUCAUACUUUCAAGGGUGAUUUUUCGAGCAAAAAAUCUUACGGGCUUAAAAGAUUUGAUUUUGCAAUUUGGCAUAUUCCCCCACCAACUGGUCCUCAACUUUCAGAAGAACUAUUGGAAUGGUAUCCACAAGAGGAUGAUGAUGAUGAUGAUGAUGAUGACACUGCAUGA